GUUCGAGUGUCAUUCGUUAUAUUAUUUAAUUGAGCUCUCAAAAUAUUAAAUAAAAAUUAUUGCGCAACAAAAUACAACAUGGUACCCAAUUGGUCAUUUAAGCCACCCAUUUGGACCGGAAACACCUAUGCUUUAUUAGUUUCCGAUGAUGUCAACAAAAUUCCCGAUACAAAAUUAACUGAUUUCAUCGAAAAAAGCGAUGAUUUCCCUUUGGACUUUCCCGUACAAACUGGUCGAUGUAAAACAUUAAAACAGUACGUCCAAGACGAUGUUUUAGAAACCAACAUUAACUCAGCGUAUCCAAUCAUUCACGAAAAUGCCUUAUAUUUAUACGCGAAGUACAUUUUAUACAAGAAAUAUGAAGGUAACGAUAUAGAAAAAGCCGUUUUCGCUAACAUGACCCUGAAAGAAUUCAUAAACCGACUGCUACAAAAACGAGCUGUUAAAUUCAUGGGACGAUUCGAUUCUUUUAAAUUAUUAAAUGGUGCGAAAGGCACUAGAAGAUGGGAAACCAUAGGAACAGCCCAACAAAAAAAGCCGUUACUUCUUGAAGAUUAUAUCAGUUACGAGGAAAUUAAAUUAUCCGUGUUCCUUUCUGUCAGCUCUUACACUUACUUUGUCAAUGUUGGUGACAGAAAAAACAUGGCAAAAUAUGCAACCGACAGGAAUAACAUUGCUGACACAGGCGUUAUAGUUGGUUUAAUCGGAACUCGACUGAAAAAAGAGAAUGUCAUGGAAUAUCAAGAAAUGGUCAUUGACAAGAAUCAAAACACAAAAGAAAAUGGUUACGGUGUUUCCGAGCCUAACAUACACAAUCUAUUUGCAGAAUUUUAUGAAGAAAAAUGUAUGGAUUACGAAGAGGCUGUGCAGGAGUUGAAGAGCUUACCCAAAGAUAACAACAGAUACGUCGUAAUUGACAAGAAAACUGAUAAAAUAUUUGAUAAUUAUAUUUACUACAAAAGAAUGUCGCUGACAGUGGACACAUUAUUAAUAGAAGCUAACCAUAGAGCGCAUGAAGCUAAAACCACUGCCUUCAUUCACGUUGUUGGACUCGGAUUGGGUGUAUGGAGAAUUUCCUCACACCAAGACAAAGUCUACAUGGACAUUUUCGCAGAGAGAUUAAAACAAAUUGGCAGACAUUUAACAUCCAUAAGCGACAUAGUAUUUUCGUACAUUUCACAACCCGACUGUGGAGGAUAUAAACAUGGCCAAACUUUCAAGAUAAAAGACCAUCCUGGUAUAAAAAUACACAUCAACAAACGAAAUCCCCAUGAAAAACUCAAAGGCCAAGACGAAGGUAAAUUGCUGGUGAUUUCUUAUGCAUGGGAUGGAAACGCAUUGCCUGGUAACGAAUAUUGGGACGGAAAAUUGGGUUCGAGUGGUGAUUCUGCAGCUGCAUCUUCGACACAAAUUACCGAACUUCAUAAUGCUCACAUCAAUCCGAAGGUAAAUGCUGAUAAUUUACGCGUGGCCACCAGAACAGGUGUUGUCAGCUUUGAGGAAUAUCAGGAGCUCAAAAGGAUCCAGGAGAUGAAACGAAAAAAAAGUGUCUAUCUAGGAAAUGAUUAAUUUAGUGAUACGUGAACUUUGUAUGUAUUUUGAGUAUGUUAUUUGGAUUUAUAUAAAUAAAAUAUAAAAAAUAGAUAUAUAAAUAAAAUAUAAAAAUUGAAAAAAUUAAUAAAUUAUUAUAUAUAGUACAACAAAUAUUAUUUAUAAGUAUUUCUCAACCAUGUCAUAACUAUAAUUUGGAUUUUCCAGUUCAUAUUUUCAAUUUUAGAAGUAUUGAUUUGUAUAUAUGUAAACAAUAUAUGUCCUUGACACCUGAUUCAUAGGAAUAUCUUUUCCCAGGUAGUAAAUGGGUCGUUUACAUAAAAUGUGGGUAGACUAAAACAUUUCCAUAUGGUAGUUGUACCAAAUAAUAUUUUUAUUGUAAAUAAUGUAUCUUUUUAUAUUUAACAUACAUACAAAAUAUAUAUUCAUGCGUUGAU